GAGAAUGCAUUUGCUUUCAGUAUUACUAGUAUUUCUUCUUGUAUUUGGAGCAUUUUGUGCUCCAGCAACACUAAAGGAGAAAGUUGGAGAUCAUGCACUGACGUGGACAAAAGUGGAAGCUAGUCAAACGCCACACAUCCGCACUCGUCGAUGGGGGCCUUGGGGAUGGCAUCGUCCAUUCGGUUGGGGAUUUCACCGCCCGUGGGGGUUGGGAUGGCACCGUCCGUUUUUUGGAGGCUAUGGCAUGCCGUUUGGUGGAUUUGGUGGAUACCCAUUCUGGGGUUAAAAUUGGAAUUCGAGUUGUAAAUAUUUGCAAUUGUAUUUAUUUGGUUGUCCGGUUAGAAAUGAAGUUUUUGAGAAGU